AUGUCACCCGUUCAAGAAGCUACUGUGAACGUCAGUUCAGCGCUUGCUGCGGCCACGGAGCGUUAUAUUGAGGCUAACAAGAAAUCCCAGAGAUCUCAUCUUGAAGCUGCGGAGAACUUACCAGGUGGUAAUACUCGUUCUGUGUUAUAUAAUGAACCAUUCCCGCUGUUUUUAGCCAAGGGGUUCGGAUCGCAGGUUGAAGAUCUGGAUGGUCAUGUCUACACAGAUAUGGUGGGCGAAAUGACUGCUGGGCUGUAUGGUCACUCCCAUCCGGUUAUCAGGAAAGCCAUAAUAGAUACAUUCGACCAAUCAGGAAUUUCCCUCGGAGGAAACAACAAGUACGAGAAUGAACUGGCCCUCGAGAUCAAAAAAAGAUUUCCAGCUGUCCAGAAAAUUCGUUUUUGCAACUCGGGGUCUGAGGCCAACAUCAACUUGAUGGUAGUGGCCAAGGCUUUCACUGGUAAGAACAAGCUGGUUGUUUUCUAUGGCGGUUACCACGGAGGACAAAUGUCGUUUGGUCACGGAAAUCCCUCGACAAAUAUUGAGCACGAAAAUUUUCUUCUUGCCGAAUAUAAUGACAUUGCCAGUUUCAACUCAGUUAUUGAUUCAUCCGAUGAUAUCGCUGCAGUACUCGUUGAAGGAAUGCAAGGAGCAGGAGGCGCAAUUUCGGCAAACCCGGAGUUUUUGAAAAAUAUUGAGACCAAAUGCAAAGAGAAGAAUAUUCUUUUUAUCCUCGAUGAGGUCAUGACUUCUAGGCUUUCGUCUGGUGGUCUCCAGAAGGUCUAUUCCCUGAAACCAGAUCUGGUGAGUUUAGGAAAGUACCUUGGAGGUGGACUGACUUUCGGAGCAUUUGGCGGAAGAUCAGACAUUCUGCGGUUGUUUGAUCCUUCUACGGGUCAUGCUAUUCCUCAUUCUGGUACUUUUAACAACAAUACGCUUGCUCUUGCAGCCGGGUGUGCUGGGCUGAAAAAGGUACUCACUCUGGAUGCGGCUGAUAAGCUGAAUGAAAGAGGAACCCAGCUGAGAAAGUCACUGCAAAAGGCAUGCGAGGGAACCAAGAUGACUGUGACUGGAUACGGAUCAGUUAUGAACUUCCACUUUACCACUGACGGCAAAUUCAAUUCAGCCAGAGAUUCAGACAAUGACAUUACCGAGUUGUAUCACCUGCUGUGGUUCAGUAUGCUUCAGGAGGGUUACUGGAUUGCCCUCAGGGGUAUGGUUUCUUUGAUGGUGGUACUAACCGAGAAAGAAAUAAUCGGUUUUGAAGAUGCCGUCAAGUCCUGGAUCGUCAAAAAUAGAGACCUCUUGGUGCUGGACUAA